CCAGCUGUCGGGGAGAACUGUGCGUAGGACGACAUAUAUGGAGAGAGAGAGAGCGUCGGUGGCGUUAACCGGGGUUAAAUAAAGGGUUCGAGCGAGAGGGGACGCUUGGUAUAAGAGAGCGAGGAAAGAGCUGUUCAUCGGAGGACUGGGGAGAGAGAGAGAGGAAAGAGAGGUGAGAAGGCUGGAGGAGGAUUAGGGGGGUUUUCUUGGCCCGAUGGGAGAAUCGAGCAGUUCGGUGUCCAUUGAUGUGGAGAGGAUUUCGUUCGGCGGAAAGGAACAUCAUAUACAAACGAGUCAUGGCCCAGUAUCAGUUGCUGUAUUUGGAGAUCUUGAAAAGCCUGCACUAGUCACCUAUCCAGAUGUAGCUUUAAAUCAUAUGUCCUGUUUUCAAGGAUUAUUUUUUUGUCCGGAGGCUUCUUCAUUGCUGCUUCACAAUUUCUGCAUAUACCAUAUAAGCCCUCCAGGACAUGAGUUGGGAGCUGCUCCAAUUUCAUCAGAUGUUCCGGUGCUCUCUGUUGAUCAGUUAGCGGAUCAGGUGGCAGAAACUCUUGAUUACUUUGGGUUAGGUUCAGUGAUGUGUUUGGGGGUCACGGCUGGUGCUUACAUUCUUACCCAUUUUGCUACAAAAUACAGGGAGCGUGUGCUUGGUUUGAUGCUUGUCUCACCUCUGUGUAAGGCUCCCUCAUGGACUGAGUGGUUCUAUAACAAGGUUAUAUCGAAUUUGCUAUACUUUUAUGGGAUGUGUGGUUUGAUCAAGGAAUGCUUGCUUCAACGAUACUUCAGCAGGGAAGUUCGUGGAAGUUCACUCGUUCCUGAAUCUGAUAUCGUACAAGCCUGUAGAAGUGUUAGUACUCUGUAUACCAUAACUCUGGGUGCUUUUUGGGAAGAUUAUAAUUUUUCUUUUACAAUCGUCUUUACUUAUCCUCUGCAGUUGCUGGAUGAGAGGCAGAGCACAAACGUGUGGAGAUUUCUCCAGUCGAUAAAUGUGAGACAUGACUUGACGGAAUCAUUGAAGAAACUGCAGUGCAGGACACUAAUUUUUGUGGGUGAGAAUUCUCCCUUCCAUUCCGAGGCCCUCCACAUGGCCACAAAUCUGGACAGAAGAUACAGCGCAUUGGUCGAGGUGCAGGCGUGUGGGUCGGUUGUGACAGAAGAGCAGCCCCAUGCCAUGCUGAUACCCAUGGAGUACUUCCUUAUGGGGUACGGUCUGUACAGGCCAUGCCAGAUGAGCUGCAGCCCACGGAGCCCACUCAGUCCGUCAUGCAUCUCUCCUGAGCUGCUUUCACCUGAGAGCAUGGGAGUAAAGCUGAAGCCCAUCAAGACAAGGGUCUCGCUACAAGUUUGAGAGGAUAGGAUAGGGCGAAGGCAGUAUGAUAUACUCACAACUAGGGGUAGGCCCAGGGAUGGUGAUGAUGGAUAACACGAACGCUGUAGCAUUUGGGAUGUACUAGCUCUAUAGAUAUGUUUUCGUGGCAGUUUUUGAUGCGGAUAACGGAUUUACUGGUCUGUAGACAUGCAAAAGAUAAAAGAAAGUUGAGGGGAGGGGGGAUGGUGGUAUAUAGAAGGACAGGUGCAGAGGAUUGCGUGAGAUUCUUCUAUUCCAUUCAUUCGUAGUUACAACCCUUGUAAAUCUUUUCAUUAUUUAUGAUUGCAAAUAACAAUAAGGAAGGCGCGCUGUCCUCAAUCAUUAUAGAUGUGUGCUGUAUUCUCUUCUUCCUUUCCCAAAUUUAACUUGUCAAUCCAGCCA